UGACUGCCCAUGUUCAUAAAAUAGCCUUGCUUCUACUGUAACAGUAUAAGUUUAGUGCAUAAGUCUACUGUCUAUUUCACUAAACGCACUUAUUUUUUUAUCCCGUUUUUGAAAAUCGCAUAAUAAUUAAACAAAUAUUUAGUUUCAUUGAACAGAAAUAGCUAUGGUGGACAUAAUUUCUGAGAACCACUGCAGAAACAUUCUGCUUCAACAAAACCCGAGCUUCAGCUUCAAAUCAUUCGACGUCAAACCUCUCGUACAAGAAUCACUUGGAGGUCUCAUGGGUCUUCACUACAUUCUGCGAAUCAGCUAUAUGCACAAUGCCGUCUUGCACACACUCCAACUCUUUGUGAAAACCCUGAACAACCAAAAUAAGAUCAUGUAUAAAAUUUCCAGGGAACUGCUGUUUUACGAGAAAGAGGCGCUCUUCUUCAUGAAACUCAUACCGGAGUAUGAAAAAAAUGGGAUUAAUGUGGCAUUUGCUCCAAAUGCAUAUUUUUGUGGUGACUACGCUAUUGUAUUAGAAGAUUUGACUGUUUCAGGUUUCAAGCUUUUUCCAAAGGAAGAACCUAUGGAUAUUGAGCAUUGCUACGCCUGUCUUGCAACAUUAGCAGAGUUCCACGCAUCUUCAAUGAUUUAUGAAAUAAGCAAAUCAAAGAGCAUGGGAACAAAAUACAGUCUUCUGGAGGAUCAAGCAGAUGUUCUCAAGGAUCUCAUAUUUUCCGGUGGAGAUACUUACGGUGAUAAAUAUGUACAAGAAUCUGUACGGGCAUUGCUUGCUUUGGCAGAGCUAGAAUUUGACGAUAGCUCAUCACUUGAAACACUGAAGAAUGUUUUCUCUUCGACCGAACCAACUGGUUACGGAGACUUGUGUUGCGUUCUUCUCCAUGGCGAUUUAUGGAGCAACAACUUCCUCCAUAAAUAUGACGGAAAAGAAAUUUCCGAAUCUAAACUGAUAGAUUUUCAAACUAUCAAAUACGGACCACCUUGUUUGGAUGUGAUUCAGCUCAUCUACACCAACACUAGGAUAUCCCUGAGGAAACAACACUUCACCGAACUGAUAUCGUACUAUUAUCGAAAACUAGAAGACAUUUUUUCGGAGAGGGCUCUUCAACUACAGGAUUAUCUACCCAAAGACCAGUUCUUUGAGUCUUGCGAAACGUUCAAGCUGCAAAUCAAACUUCAAGCAGUUAUAGAUAGGUGUUUAACGGCUAUACCGGACGAAAUACACCAGAAAACUACAUCGGAUGAAGAGAAAUUCUACGAUUUCAUAUUCGUGAACCGUUCGAAGUAUUUGGUUGACUAUUACCUGAACAUUCCGAAGUAUAGGGAAUUGGUGUCUGAGGAUUUGAUAGAGCUGAGGGACAUGCUGAGCAAUUUGUGAAAUUGAGGCAGAUGUACAGGGCAUUCGCUAUCUACCGGACCAAGAUUUUGUUUAUAAAAUGAAUGAUAAAAUAAAACAUUAAAUAAUCGAAGAAACGAGAAAUAA